CAGAGGCGACCGCCACACUUGAAUACGAGGCAGGAGGCGGCGGCCGCGGCGCUGUCAUGGAGUUAGCGCAGGAAGCGCGGGAAUUGGGUAGCUGGGCGGCGGAAGAAAUGGAGGCGCCCCUGGCGGCCCGGGCCCCGGAGUCGACGCUGCGCAGGCUGUGUCUGGGCCAGGGGGCUGACAUCUGGGCCUACGUCUUGAGGCAUGUGCACAGCCAGAGGAGUGUCAAGAAGAUCCGGGGAAACCUGCUCUGGUAUGGCCUCCAGGACAGUCCAGAGGCCCGCCGGAAGUUGGAGCUGGAAGCCGCUGUUGCCCGCCUGCGGGCAGAGAUCCUGGAAUUAGACCAGAGCCUGGAGCUGAUGGAGCGAGAGACUGAAGCUCAGGACAUGGCCAUGGAGCAGGCUAUACAGAGGAUGCAAGACACCCAGCGUCGUGCUCUCCUCCUCCGGGCCCAAGCUGGGGUCAUACGAAGGCAGCAGCGUGUGCUCCAAGAUCCGACACAGCGGCUACAGAAUCAGCUCAAGCGCUUGCAGGACAUUGAGAGGAAGGCCAGAGUGGAUAUAAACUUCGGACCCUUGGCAUCAGCAGACCUGGGCCUGGAGCCUAUGGUCCUGGGUGAUGUCCGAACAGCCUGCAGCCUCCGGACCCAGUUCCUGCAGAAACUCCUGAUUCCUCAGGCCAAGCGAGGCAGCGUUCUAACCCCUCAGGAUGACCACUUUGGAACUUCCUACCAGCAGUGGCUUAGCUCGGUGGAGACGCUGCUGACAAACCAUCCUCCGGGCCACGUCCUGGCUGCCAUGGAGCACCUGGCUGCAGAGCGAGAGGCAGAGAUCCGAUCCCUGUGCAAUCUGGAUGGGCUCCAAGAUACGGAGAUAGCCAGGCCCCAGGCACCAGACCAGUCAGACUCCGGCCAGGCCCUGCCGCCCAUGGUGCAUCUCAUCCAGGAGGGCUGGCGGUCUGUGGGUGUGCUGGUCACCCAGCGGGGCCCCCUCCUGAAAGAGCAUCAAAUACUGAGCCAGCGCCUCCUGGGCCUGAUGGAGCAAGUGGAGAGAUGUGCCCUGGGAUCCAGUGAGAGGCAGGCAUUAGUGCUGGGGCUCCGGGGCUGUGCCCUGUGGGCAGAACUCAAGGCCCUGCGUGCUAUGAGCCAGGAGCUAGAGGAGGCAGCUGGGCGGCGGCAGCUUCUGCUCCAGGAGCUACAGGCCAAACAACAACGGAUCCUGCACUGGCGCCAGCUGGUGGAGGAGACACAGGAACAGGUCCGCCUGCUCAUCAAGGGCAACUCAGCCAGCAAGACGCGCCUGUGCCGGAGCCCUGGGGAGGUGCUUGCUUUGGUUCAGCGGAAAGUGGUCCCCACAUCUGAGGCAGUGGCACCACAGAGCCAGGAGCUGCUUCGGUGUCUGGAGGAGGAAGCCCGGCAUCUGCCCCAUCUUCUGCUAGGGCCCCUGCUGCGGCACAGCCCCGGAGGGUUACAGCCCCUGCCUACGGUCCUGCCAUCCAUCUACCAGCUGCAUCCUGCAUCCCCGAAGGGCUCCAGCCUCAUAGUGCUGAGCCACAUGCUGGGGCUGCCCACAGGGAAGGCUCCAGAGCUGCUCCUCCCGAAGGCAGCCUCUCUUCGCCAGGACCUUCUGUUCCUCCAAGACCAGCGAAGUCUCCGGUGCUGGUAUCUGCUCCACAUGAAGACCAGCCUGCCGCCAGGACCAUCCACCCAGGAGCUGCUGCAGAUCCAGGCAUCCCAGGAAAAGGAGCAGAACGAGAACCUGGGGCAGGCUCUGAGGCGGCUGGAGAACCGGCUGAGACAAACACUGGAGCGAAUCCCCAAGCUGCAGGGCGUUGUGGGGGACUGGUGGGAGCAGCCAGGACAGGCCACCCUUUCUGGGGAGCUCUGCCAAGGCCUGACCCUGCCCCAGUGGCAGCUGCGCUGGGUCCAGGCCCAAGGCGCUCUGCAGCAGCUGUGCGGAUGAAGAGGCGGCUCAGAAAAAGUCAAGAGCUUCACGUUUGUUCACGUCAACACAUCACUCCGCAGCACUUUGGAAGUAAAGCAUCAGUUGGAUGUAUCAGCCUGUUGGGUCUCCCCACACCUGCCAUCCCCCUUCACAGGCUCUGUUGUUCCUCUCAGCGGCUCUGCCCCCUUCCUGUCAACCCACCAAAGCCAAGAGAAUGGGUGGUCCUCUGGCUCCCACCCUACCUGCAACUCUCCGCAUCAAUUUUACCCCCAGCGAAAAACAGUCAAGCACUGGUCUAAACACUGAGGAUCCAGCCCUGAAGUAAACGGAAGCCCGGUGUGUAGGAGGUUGUUCUAGGACAGGAAAACGGGCUGCUGACAAGAUAAGUAAGCAAAACAUGGAGUAUGUGCGAGGACUGCUGAGGAGGAAAAGCCAUUGCAGAGGGCCGUCCAGCAGAGGUGACCCUGUGAAGGCGGCGAGGAGGCAGCACACACAGAUCUGCAGGGCUUGCAGAGGGAAAGACCGCGGCACUUGCAAAGGCCCUGAGUUCCAACAUGCUGGUGUGAGGGCUGAAGAGGCAGUGUAGCUGGUGGAAGAGGGGGAGAGUUUAAGAGAUGAGAUUGUCUUCUGUUUUUAUAGUUUCAUUUUUUAUAUUUAACUCUCGGAGUCAUUUGGAAUUUAUCCAAAGGGGUUCCGUUUUGUCUUAUUUUAAAUAUAUCUCAAUAGCACUUAUUAAAAUUCUCAUUCAGAGCAGUGGUUGCCUCUGAAAGAGGAGUGGGUGACAGGGAUCAACCAAGAAGGAGAUACACUUUCUGGAGUAUGGUGGAGGUUACAUGGAUGUACAAAUUUGUCAGGCCCCAUCUUGCUGUACUCAUUAGGUCUGUGCAUUGCACUGUGAAUUAUCUUCAAUUUAUAAAGCAAAACUUGUCCAGUAUGUAAAGUAAAACUUUAGGUGAUUUGAGAUGCCACCCUGUCAUGCACCAAAUCCCCAUGGUUAAUUGGGCCACAUCUGGGUACUCUCCAAGCCCACUGUCUGACUCUUGCGUGCCAUCCCCACCGUAUUUUAUAAUUAAUUAAAGCCUUUGUCAUACAUCUUAGCACCUAAAA